UGGGGUGGCUAGAGUGUUUCACUCGUCCACGGAGCAACGUAAACCCGAAUCUGCCGGAUAGCCGGCGAUGUUGUUAUCAAUUUUAAUACUUUUUCACGAUUUGUAGUAUUAGACCAGCUUUCGUAAACUGUUCGGUAUUUUUUUAAGUGAAGUUUAUCUUUGAUUUGUAUCUGGGAUCGAAUUAUUUUGUCAUCACGCGCUUUUAGUUUAGACAAAAAUGCUUUUAAAGUCCAGAAGCCUGAGGAUGUCUCCGGAGAAGCAGGAGACACUUCUGAAGCUCUCCAUACUAUCGAUAACAGCCAUACUCUCUUUUGCUACAAGAUUAUUUUCUGUAUUGAGGUUUGAGAGUGUCAUCCAUGAAUUUGAUCCUUACUUCAACUAUAGGACAACAAGGUUUCUGGCUGAAGAAGGCUUCUACAAAUUCCAUAAUUGGUUUGAUGACCGUGCAUGGUACCCGUUGGGCAGGAUUAUUGGAGGGACAAUCUAUCCUGGUUUGAUGGUGACUUCGGCCAUUCUUUAUCACCUGAUGAGAUUUGUCAACCUGACGAUUGACAUUAGAAAUGUUUGUGUGUUCUUAGCUCCUUUUUUCUCGAGCUUGACCACAAUAAUAACAUAUCUACUGACGAAAGAGUUAAAAGAUUCUGGUGCUGGACUUGUUGCUGCAGCGAUGAUUGCAAUAGUUCCAGGUUAUAUAUCACGUUCUGUUGCUGGCUCUUACGAUAACGAAGCCAUUGCCAUAUUUUGUAUGCUGUUAACGUAUUAUAUGUGGAUUAAAUCUGUCAAAACUGGCAGCAUUUUGUGGGCAACUCUAGCUGCUCUUGCAUACUUUUAUAUGGUAUCUUCCUGGGGGGGUUAUGUAUUCUUAAUUAAUUUAAUUCCUAUGCAUGUUUUCACUCUGAUGGUCACCGGAAGAUUCUCGCACAGGAUUUACAUCUCUUACUCGAUUUUAUACUGCAUCGGCACUAUGCUGUCAAUGCAGAUUUCUUUUGUAGGAUUUCAACCUGUACAAUCAUCAGAACAUAUGUUGGCUUUGGGAGUUUUCGGGCUCUGUCAAAUUCACAGCUGUGUUGACUACUUGCGAUCUAAAUUAACUUCUGCAGACUUUGAGGUGUUGUUUAAAUCACUAAUGCUCGCAGUCACUUCUGUGUCUGUCGUUGUUGGGCUGAUAUUGACUGUCACAGGUAAGAUUGCACCUUGGACUGGCCGUUUCUACACUCUUCUGGAUCCUUCGUAUGCCAAAAACCACAUUCCAAUUAUCGCAUCAGUGUCAGAACAUCAGCCUACUUCAUGGUCUUCUUUCUACUUUGAUCUUCAGAUUCUAGUAUUUUUAUUUCCUGCAGGGCUUUAUUUUUGUUUUGCUAAUCUGUCAGAUGCAAAUAUAUUUCUAAUUCUUUAUGGAGUCACUAGUAUAUAUUUUGCCGGUGUCAUGGUCCGUUUAAUGCUCGUCCUUGCUCCUGUGAUGUGCAUUCUAUCAGGUAUUGCUGUUUCGGCAAUGCUUCAUACUUACAUGAAACAAAUAGAUCCAGAUCGAAAUCUGGAUAAAAAGAAAAUGAAAUUGGAAUCAAAUUUUGUAAUGAAAAGUCAGAUUGCAACAGUAUUUGUUGCCAUAAUGACAUUCCUCUUGCUGACUUACACCUUUCAUUGCACUUGGGUUACCUCAGAAGCAUACAGUUCUCCGAGUAUUGUUUUAUCAGCGAGGACUCAUGAUGGAUCUCAAAUUAUAUUUGAUGACUUUAGGGAAGCAUAUUAUUGGUUACGUAUGAACACUCAUGAGGAUGCCAAGGUAAUGUCUUGGUGGGAUUAUGGCUACCAGAUAACUGCUAUGGCAAAUCGUACAAUACUCGUGGACAACAACACAUGGAAUAACACGCAUAUAUCACGAGUGGGACAGGCCAUGGCAUCUACAGAGGAGCAGGCGUAUGUUAUAAUGAGGGAAUUGGAUGUUGAUUAUGUAUUAGUUAUUUUUGGCGGUGUCGUUGGAUAUUCUUCUGACGACAUAAAUAAAUUUCUUUGGAUGGUUCGAAUUGGAGGAUCGACUGAAAAGGGAGCACAUAUCAAGGAAACGGAUUAUUAUUCGCCUUCAGGAGAAUUCAGGGUUGAUAAGGAGGGUUCACAGACUCUUCUGAAUUCUCUCAUGUACAAAAUGUGCUACUACAGAUUUGGCCAAAUAUAUUCAGAAGGAGGUAAACCUCCUGGCUAUGAUAGAGUCCGUGGGGCAGAAAUCGGUAACAAAGACUUUGAAUUAGAUGUUUUAGAAGAAGCAUACACUACUGAACACUGGUUAGUACGUAUCUACAAAGUCAAGGAUUUGCGCAAUCGGGGAGUGUAAUCAGUGUUGAUUUUAUAAAGCCUAAAACUAGUGAUAAGAUUUUUAUUAUUAAAAUCUGGUAACACAUUCAGGGUUAACAUUUUUUAAUUAAGUACAAAUUGUAAAAAUUGAAAUAGCCAAUGCAUAAAACUCAAUAAAAAAAAUAAUUUCCCUCAAUUAUUAUCUUUUAAUUGUUAUCAAGUUUAACUACAUAAAUUGUAUGUAAUUAUAUAUAUUUUGAGUACA